UCGUUGGACAAGUCUUUCGUUUUUUUUCUAGGUUGGUCUACUUAGGAUGUCGAAUUUUUCAAACUGGAAAACCACACGCCGCUACGGCGAACCAUCAAAAAAAGAUAAAGCAGCUGCACUUUUCGAUUCUGUAUUUGCCAAUCAACCGAAAGCAUCCACUUCUUUGGCAAGACCCCUAGAUUUGAAUCCUUCUUCGAAACCUCCAUCUCCAAAACGGGAUCAAGCUCAUACUGAGGUGAGUACACCAAGUCCAUCAAGCUCGUUCCUUUCUCCAACAGUCAGCAUUCCAGACUUCGAAAAGUCUGAUGAAAGCGGCGAAGAAGAGGGCAGUAACAAUAAAUUUGGAAGUAGUCAUUCAUCUACAUGUACGCUAAAUAUUUCCAUGACGCAUGCGACAAUUUCUGAUGGUAAAUCCUCCAGUUCAUCACCUGUCAAGCAAUCUUCUGAUUCAGAUGCAGAUCGACAAAAAACUGGAAUUCCCAAACACUUCACUGAAUCUAAUCCGCAACGCAGUGAUAUUUUUUGCUUCGAAAUAGAGGACGAGGAAGAUGAAGACAACGAAGAUAGUAAUGAGAUAGCCCCCCAAGCAAAGCGCGCAAGAUCGGAAGAAGAACGUACCAAUUCCCAAGAAAGAGUAGGAAGUUCAGGAAAAGGAUAUCCUCUGGGAAUUAAAGCUACAUACAAACACAGGUGGAUGUUGGAUGACGAUGACGAUAAUGAGGAUAUUGAGUUGCGUCCGAAACAUUCUGAUGCGGGUUUAAUAACUUCUAAAGCGGAGGGCUGUGGUAUGGGUACUCCAGCAAAUUUAAACACCGUUGGUCUAUCAGAUACAGUGGAUCGUAAUAGAAAAGGCGAUCGAGCACAUGUUUGGAUUCGUGAUGUUAAGGAGGCGCAUGAAUGCUUAAAGUCGGGUGAACAGGAUGAUUUCAGUGACGAUGUGAAAUAUAUUUUAAGUACUCUUCUGGAUCCUUCAUCAUCGAACAAUCUGAAAUGUUUAAGCGUCAUGUCACUGGCAAAGAAGUGUGUUUCGAGCGAAUUUCGACGGUUUUUCCGAUCUAACAAUUUGAUCAGUCGGACACUGAAAGCAAUUCCGGACUCGCCAAAGUCACCAAGUUUGGCACUUUGCAUCUCAGUAGUUGUUUAUUUGUUGUCUCGCGAUACCACUUCUGUAUUCGUUGAUGGCGCUGCGCUCCGUUUGUUCAGUCAACUGUUAAAAUUGGAACAUCCUAAUCCGAAUGAAGAUUGCGUGAGAUAUUCGAAAAUGGUGAUGGAUGUAUUAAAAGAAUGGUUGGAAAAAUCGUUUGCAAAUACAGAAUCAAAGAAAGUUCAAUUUGAUAUUACGGAAAAAACUCUUUCACCUUCGUUUCUUAUUUUGGAAUCACUUGUUUACAUAUGUGCACGUAAACAUCGUGAACAGUCAUUGCAGAGUGAACUGUUGAAUGUGGGCAUACUUCAGUGGAUCGUUUCCAAAAUGGAUAAAACAGUAUUGCGCUUGUUGCACGAGAAAAUAUCAGAUGACGAUACGCUUCUGUGCUUGAAAGUCCUAGAACGAUGCUUCAGAGUACUCGAAUCAGCAACAGUCUGCAAUGAAAAGAACGGAGCAUAUUUGAUUAGCCAUCGAGGGAGCGCCCUCAUCCAAUCAUGCGGAAGACUCAUGUCUUUGUUGUUUCGUACAAUAGGACGACAUGGUGACGAUACAAAUGAAUUAAAGGAGCAAAAUAUCACAUGUCUGAAUCGGAUGGUUGGGUUACUGAUGAGUUUAUCAUAUGAGAAUGAAUUAUGCUGCACAAAGCUCGGUCAGAUGAAUGAUUUCCUCUCACUCUGCGUAUCCUGCUUCACAUAUUUGGUGCCAAAGUAUGUUCGCAAGGAGAAGCAGUUUGAUCUCAUCGUGUUGCUGUGUAGUCUUUUGGUUAAUUUGCUUGAACGCUGUAAUUUUAACAGACGUAAGCUUAUUGGACUUACAGUCCCAGUUUAUGACCUCGAAAAUAAAGCAGAGAGGCAAGAACCAACACUGAAAGCUCUCAGUCAGCUGUUUGUGUACCACGAAUCACUGGCUCGUUCGAUCGAUGAGGAACUGGAUAAUGAUCUUGUUAUUGAAGAUGCUCCGGAUGACAGUGUUAGUCAUGAAGAGGAAGCAGAAGAUGAUGGCCGGUUGCACCGAUUGCCAACGGAAUUAACCGAGGAUGAAAUGGUUGAAGCUGUACAAAAUGCUAUGAAUAAAGCUAGCUCGCAUAUGGAAGAUUCAGUUUUGGCAUCGUAUUUCGCACUUUUGAUUGGAUGUCUGUUGUUGCAAAAUGAGGAGUCAGUAAAUAUAGUGAAAGCAGAAAUGAAGGAUGGAAAGUUGGUUGCACUAAUUGAGCAGCUUCAACGCUUUCUGGAAUUUAUCAAGUUAACGGAUGGAAAGAAAGCGCACGUUCGUUUUAUGGAACGCAUUAUUGAUUUACUCGAUACACUGGAUAAUUAGUAUAUUAUUUAUUAGUCCGUAAUGAGAGGUUUGCAAAUGGGUUAUUGUUUACGACCAUCUGAAUUGUCUUUCAUAUGUAUCGAUUAUUCCCAUCCAGAUUCGGAUCCUGAUUAUCUUUUCAAGUAUCAUGAGAUGUAGCAUGGAAAUACAUCUUUAGAUGGAAUAUUU